AUGGACGGCGCUGUGCACACUGAGCCUCCGAAAACGGACGGAGAGCCGCGUCCGUUGCUGAAGGAGCGCAAGCUGCUGGUACUGAGCUUCGGCCGGACAGCGGAUGAGGUGUGGGGCGGCAGCGUCUCGCCAUGUGGGCCCGCGCAGGACCUGUUGUCUUCGGAGCCGUCGACGACCGCCGGAAGCGCUGCGAUGUUUGCGCACGACAGGCUCGCGGCCCCGAGCGUGGAGGACAUCGCCACGAAGGUGCAGAACAUGAAGCCUUCGUUCAUCUACGUCAUCGGAGACGUCAUACCAGGCUACGACGGCGGACGAACGGCCACUCUCGGCCCCAUGGUCCGGCCCGACCCCAACGCCCCCGCGCAGCCGUCGAACGCGCCGCCGGCGACAGUCCCCCCCGUACACCCCCCCGUCCACGUCGACGCCCAGGGCGACACCGAAAUGCUCCCUGCCGCAGCCGACGUCGUCGCCGCGGCCCCGGCGCAGGCGCCCGUCGCCGGCGCGCCCGGCGAGGCAGCGGCUGCGCCGGCUCCGCCGCCGCAGGCGGGCGUGCCUUGCCCCGUGGAUGCAAGCGCACUGGUCGAGGCACUGCGAGGACGAUGCGAGUCCGUCGACUGCGUGUACCUCGACUUCCAGGCCUCGGACACCGUCGGCGAGGCGCUCCACCGCGACCUCGGCGUCCCAGCGGUCAUCUGCAUGCCCACAGCGCCGGUCCCCGCGGCAGUGCCCGCCGCCCUCUUCUCGCGUGUCUUCUUCUCGCUCCUGCGCCGGCCGGGCACCUCCGUGCACGAGGCUUUCGCACUCGCCGCGGCCGUCGCGUUCGCGCACUGCCAGCGCUCCCCGCCGUCCUCGGAGAGGGGGGGGUCCAUCUCGCACUACCACGUAGCGCCGUCGCUGCCCAUCAUGUUCUCCGCGCAGCCCGCCGCGCUGCCGUCCGCGGGCGCGGUGCCGCCGUGCCUGACCGGCACGCCGCCCGCGGACGUCCGCACCGCCGUCCCGGGCUGGGACUCCCUCCAGAUGUUAGUCCCCCGGGGACAAUUGCGAAUAACCAUCACUGGGGACCUCGCCUUCAUGACGUCGCACAAGCUCGCGGCGCUCGGAGAGGCCCUGCGCGGGCUGCUAGUCGUCGAGGCGCGCGGCGCCGUCCUCCGGCACGCGAGCGCCCCGUCCAAGGGUCUCCCGCUGACCAACGCCGCGCGCGCCCCGGGGCCGCUGCUGCGGUGCGACGUCGAGACCGCGUCCGGCGCGCAGUGCGCGGUGCUGCUCUCGGGCGAGCCCACGGCGCUCGAGAGCCGCGAGGGCUGCCAGCAGGCGCUGCGGAUGGCCCUGGCCGCCGACGCGCAGACGCUGCAGUUCCUCAUUCCGCCGAAAGGCGCGACGACGAUCCACCCGCGGCGCACGGAGGCCGUCGCGCACGGGUCCUCCUGCAUCGACCUCACCGUCGCCGGCUCCGUCUGGGCGCUGCACGCCCUGCAGCAGCUCGCCCAGGACGCGUCGUACCGUCUGCUGGCCGCGCUGGGCGUCGCCGCGCUGGGCGGCGCGCCGACGGCGGCGUUCUCGCGCGCGGACGCGAUGCUCUUCGACCUCGUGCGCGACUUCACGAAGAUCCCCCUGAAGCAGCCCCCGCAGUACCUUCCGGGGGAGGCGCCGCUGUUCGCCGCGGGCGCGGACCCCGAGCCGAUCGCGAUUCCGUACCUCGCGAACGGGCAGCGCGCGCCGUCCGCGCAGACGUUCCCGCCGCUCUUCGAGGAGUUCACGCCGCCGCCGGCCGCGCCGGUGGACGGCGGCGUGGCGGACGCUGAGCUGGACGAGGCGAAGCACGCGGCGCUGGGCGGGGCGAAGAUCCCCAAGGUGGACGGCAAGUACUACUGGACGGCGAUGGGGCUGCCCCGGCGCGCGCCGCUCGAGCGGUGCUCGAAGCCCGAGUUCGUGCAAGACCUCGCCGCGUUCAUCGAGGUCAAGCGGCCGGGGACGAUCAACGCGGCGACGUUUCCGGACACGGUGCUCAACGGGCAGAAGCUGGACGUGUGGACGAUGUACCGGGAGGUGGUGGCGUACGGGGGGCUGCGUGCGGGCGGAAACGCCAUCAAUUGGAAGAGCAGGGUUUGGCCGCGCAUGCACAACUACACGGAGAACAACAAGCUGACGGGCGUGGCCAAGGCGCUCAAGCAGCACUACAAGAACUUCCUGCUCGAGUACGAGGACUGCCACCCGGAGGACCUGCUCGCGGCGACGCACGCGCGCGACGGCUGA